AUGAAGAAGGAUGACAGGAGGCCCACUACUAGGAUCAAUGAGGACGACACCAUCUGUGACCCACACACCCUCGGUGCAGAUCUUCAAAAUAUGUUGGGUGGAGGAGAGUAUGCCCCUUUUGUAUCUUCUCCCAUAUUAGAGAGCAAUUUUAUCCAGGUCAACAGAAGAGGUGAAUCCAUUUACCUUCAUAACCGAGCCAACUGGGUGACCAUGGGCAUCUGCUCUUCCUGUCAAGCCCCCCAGGUCCCCAAUGUGAUGCUGCUCGCGCAUCUCAAACCUACAGCCCCAGAAGAUGCAGAAUCCCUGUUUGAAAGUCUGCUGACAUCUCCAUCUCCAGAUAAUGUGGUGCUUACCAGGUUUAUUCCUCUGCAGUUUGUGACUCUUACUGUGCAUGAUUUUGAUAAUAUGCGCCUCAAAGUAAAGUUGGUGAGCGGUCGAGCCUACUACCUACAGCUCUGCGCUCCUGCCCACAAAGAAGACACCUUAUUUUAUCAGUGGGUGGAACUCAUCUCCUUCUUGAAUCAGGAGAAAGUGAAAGCUUCCAAGAUAUCAGAAGUCUCAAGUCUCUCAGAAAUCACGAAUAGCACAGACAUCACAGGCUCGAUGGACAUCAUGGACAUUGCAGCCUUCACAGAUAUAGGGUCCUCAUACCCAUACACAUGUACAGAGGCCACCUGUGUCAUAGAAAGCACCGAUUUCUCAGAAGUCUCAGAUUUCACCGAUGUCACCGAUGUCACAGAUAUUCCAGAAAAUGAGGUCCCAGAGGUUCCAGAUGUGAGAAUUGUCACUGAAGUCACAGAAAUCACAGACAACUGUGAGGUCAUAAACAGCUCAAGGGUCACAGUCGUAUUUGAAAAUGAUGACAUAGGAAGGGUCAUGCAAAAGCAAGAGGGCACAGUGGAAAACAUUCAGCGAACUGGGUGUCAACAAUAUACAGAAAAUAAGGAUAGUGUAAAAAAAUCCUCAAAACAUGUCACCAUCUCAGAUGUAACACUGACUUUUGAAGGUGACAGAUAUUUUUAUGAUACAUUGUCUUCAGACAUAAGUGAGACAGGGGCAUCUGAAGUGAGGAAUGAAACAACCUCUGAAUUAAAGAGAACUGAUUUUGAAGACAUGGCUCUUGAAACUGAACGAUCCAGGAUCAGUCUGGUUGGUGUGUUGAAGAGAAGAUGCAGUGUGAAAAUACCUGCUGCAAUAGUCCAGGCAAAAGAUGAAGAAGUCUUGGAACAGAGUAGUAGUAGUAGGCCUCCUUCAGCGCCGCCCCAUUCAGAUGGUAGCAAAUUUGUGUCCCUGGAGGACAGACUCGCGCUGAAUGGGAGUCGGCCUGCGGCACGCUGGACCCAUUCACAGGCGCUCGCCUGCGCGCGCGCGCGCGCCACCCGCAGCUGGGCGCUGCGGAGUGGACCAAUGACAGUGCUCUCUCUCCGCGCCGGCUCAGGAUUGGGCGAUCCGCGCCAGUUUCUCGGCCAGGCGGCGGGCGGGGCGCACCGAACACUGCCCGCGAUAGGCGCGCCCGCUGCGCCAGAGUCCCGGGAGCGCGUGCGCGGUCUCGCGGCGGCCGCGGGGGCCGGUCUCGCGCGGUCUCGAGGUGGAGUCGCUGGCGGCGGCGGCGGCGGCGACGGCGGCGACUGGCGGCGGGGCGGGGGCGGGGACUGA